AUGCAAGCUCCGCAUCACUUAUCAAUACCAGACUCGGAAGUCCCACCGCGGCCCCGACUACCGAGUGCCGAAGCGGAUCUGAAACCGGUAGCCGUCUCAGUCUGCACACCCAGCCGGAACCAUGCAUCUAUUUUGAUAAGGGUGAAUUCGAAAGACUACCUUGUGGAGAGCCGAGAUCAUGCUCUACCGAGCUCCCUACUGUGUAAUCUAGCCACGGUCCAGACCCACAGCAGCCUGGCUCUGGCUAUUGACUCUGACAGUCGACACAGGGAGAAAAGCCGGCAACUUGCCAACAUCAAAAGAUCAUCAAAAUACUCAGCAAGUCGAUUUGUUGGCACCCUAUCGCCGAAUCCUACAUCACUCAUCAUUUCAGGUCUAAACAAAGACUUUGACAAACCGAAAACAGAUUGCUCGAGACAACCUUCACUUAUGGCCACCAUGCGUGCAGUCGACAUCAGAGGCGAGACAGGACCUGUUUCGGCCUUGUUCAUCAAUGCCGAGACACCCAUACCCGAGCCCACGCAGAAUCAGGCCCUGGUGAAAAUCAAAGCAUUUGGACUCAACCGCAUGGACCUCUUGCAGCGGGAGGGCAAGUACCCGGUACCGCCUCAAGCCCCGAAGACUAUGGGCGUUGAGUUUUCAGGCAUCAUUGAAUCCUUUGGAUCUCCCUCUUCCACUCUAGACUUCAACGUCGGAGAUGAGGUCUUUGGUUUGGCUUAUGGUGGCGCAUACGCCGAGUAUAUCGCCGUUAGCACGUCUAUGCUCAUUCACAAACCCAAAGAACUCAGCUGGGAACAGGCUGCCGGGGUGCCUGAGACCUGGAUCACUGCCAUCCAAGCUCUGUACCUGGUCGGUGACUAUCAAGAAGGCCAGAGCGUCUUGUGGCAUGCUGGGGCGAGCGGCGUCAGUAUUGCCGGAAUCCAACUCUCGAAGGCUGCCGGAGCGUCGGCGGUCUAUGUCACCGCGAGUACGCCAGCCAAAAUUCAAUUCUGCAAGUCUAUCGGCGCGACCGAGGGGUUCAAUUAUAGAGAAGGCGACUGGGCUGACGCGUUACUUGCCUACACGGGAGGAAAGGGCGCAGACCUGAUCGUGGACUUUGUGGGGGCCGACUAUUUCAGGCAGAACCUGAAAGCGGCAGCAAGGGAUGCCCACAUUGUCAACUUGGGCUGGCUAAGCGGGACCGUCGUCAAGGGCGACGUCGACAUCAGUGCUUUUCUCGGCAAGAGAUUGAGGUUCGAGGGGAGCAGUCUCCGGAGUCGCGACGAGCCGUACCAAAAGAAACUGCGGGACUUGCUGGUCGAGCACGCGCUGCCCAGGCUUGUGGAUGGCCGGUUCAAAAUCUUCAUCGAAAGGGUUUUUGACAUGGACGAGAUCCAAAAGGCGCAUGAAGUGUUGGAGUCGAACCAGACCAUGGGCAAACUCAUAUGUAGGGUGUAG